CACACUCAAUUGCAUAUCUCGCAAUUGAGUUUGAAUCCACCGGCAUCACAUCCUCAUCCUCAUCAUCCUCAUCAUCAUCACUUCAUCACUCCAUUGCUCCAUCGCUCCAUCGCUCCAUCGCUUCAAAUACACCCACACCUGCCAAUGUCGAUCGAACUCGAACCCGCCACCCAGCUCUCCUUCAGGAGACCCUUGACCGAGGCCAUCAAGGAGGCCUUAAUCAUCCGCAACCCCACCCAGCUGCCCAUCGCCUUCAAGGUCAAGACCACUGCCCCCAAGCAGUAUUGUGUCCGACCCAACUCGGGUCGUGUUGAGCCAGGCCAGGAACUAGAGGUUCAGGUCCAAAUGCAGGCCAUGAAGGAGGAACCCCCUCUAGACUUCAAGUGCAAGGACAAGUUCUUGGUUCAGAGUGUUGCCAUCACGGCCGAGCGCGAGCAGCUGGCCCCUGCUGACCUGUGGCCAGCCAUAGAGCGGGAUGCGAGGGAUCAGAUCCGCGAGAAGAAGAUUCGAUGCGCAUUCUUGCCCGCAACGGGUCAGCAAGGUGUCACAGAGACGGAGGACGAUGAGAUUCCUUCAGCAACAGCACCUGUUUCUUCUCGACAGCCACAGCAGCAGUCGGAACUUGCACCAGCUCAUUUCCCAGGAUCGCCUGUUCAGAACCAACCCGACAGGAUCAGCACCAAUGCCUCGACGACGACGACGACGACGACCGCAAGCAGUGCGGAUGUGCAGCCUUUGAGACGCGAACUCCAGUCUGCUCAGGAGACUAUCCAUAACCUGCAAAGCACUAUAGAGAAGCUGCAACGGGAGAGCAACACUCUUCGUCAACGCCAACCAGAGUCAGGUUCUCCUUCAGCACCGACGUAUUCGGCAGUACACCUGAACCAGACCCAGGGCGGUUAUCCUCUUACAUAUGUUGCGGGAGCAGCAUUGGCUGCUUUCAUUUUCGGAUACCUCUUCUUUUAGAAUGGCAGAACCUGUUCGACCCUCCUCAACGCCAGCAUAUCAAGGUUGUUUUUCACUUUACUAUUCACGAUAAAAAGAAAACAACAACAUUAGGUCCCGUAUUUCACAUCAUGAGCAGGAGCAUGGCAACACUGGACGAUACUAUUAAAAUAAACAUAUUACGACGACUAAAAAAGAUCAGUUGGUAGCCCAUUGUCAGGUGAAGCGAGAGCUGUUCAAAGCGUUAUCUUUCGUUCUUUCCCCUCAACAGGGGAACUUUCGCGUCCAUUUCAAGGGUACUAGACUAGGUCAUAGGCCAGUUGUGUCGCUUCUUAUUCGAGUGUCGACUAAUUUGACACGCGGACAAAGCACCAGUGGGGAGGGUUUUUUUUCUCCUGCGAAAGUGGGCGGUGUCUGGG